AUGCGCCCGCUGCGGGCGCUGCGCCCUCCGCGCGCCCUGCCCAGCGAGUGCCGCCCCACGAAGGGCCGGGUGCCCAGAGGUCCGCGCACGCUGAACGGAUCCCUCAUCGAGCGGAACAAGCUGAUCCAGUGGGACUCUUGGUGCCUCAAGGUCAUUCAGCUUUACGAGACGUCCCUCGUGCGCCACGGCUUCAUGCUGGUCGGCCCGACGCUCUGUGGGAAGUCCGAGAUUGCCAGCAUGCUCACCACGUGCAUGACAGAGGACAACAACGCGCACAGGAUCGUGACCAUGAACCCAAAGGUCUUCCAGCAGGGGGCGGCGCGCCGCCGUGCGAUGGCGCGCGUCGCCGGCGCCGCGCGGUGCACGAGGAGCUCGGCGGCCCGAGCCGCGGAGGGGCCGGCAGGCGUCGGGGGGGCGAGGCGUGCGUGGGAGGGGGGCCUGGUCGCAGGUGACCGGCUCAACCUCGCCGACGCCGUCUACCAUCACACCACCAAGGAGUACUGCGGCACGCUGCUUGUGAAAUCUUGCCCAGAGCCUGAGGGCGUUGCAGCCAAUGUGCUCCUCGGCUCCCUGGAACCCGCAGUGGAAGCGGGAGUGGAAGGGCGUGCACGUGGCGUGGUUACGCUCAAGCUGAAGUUCACCGAGGCCGAUUCGCUCCUCACGCAGCGGUUGGACCCCAUCCAGCAGGAGUUCGACACGAUGCAAGCGAAGUUCAUUCAGAUCGACGCUUGCCAGGACGCGCAAGGGGCUGGCUACCGGUGCGCCGCCCUGGCCGGAGUGCCCGUCCAGACCGCCAGGAAGCCAGAAGCGCAGUACUCCCUGCUCGAGGAGCUCGGCCGCGGCACGUACUGCACGGUGAGGCGGGCCCAGGACAGGGAAGGCGCGGAGUAUGCCGUGAAGGCGCUCUCCAGGGCCGUCCUGUCGUCCAGGCAGGUGUCCCUGUUCACCAGGGAAGGCGCGCAGGCGGUGCCCCUGCAGACCCGCGUCGACACGGACCUGCGCAUCCUCGGCGACCACCCGCACCCGCACGUCGUCGGUCUCGUGGAGGUGAUAGAUGACCCUGCGCUCGACACGCUGUACGUGGUUCUGGAUGGGCAUGCGCGGUGGGCAGCUCAUGGAGUGGUCAGACGACCACAGCGCCUACGGGGCGCGCUCCGAGCCGUCGCAGGCCAGCGUGCUGGUCUACCAAGAGGCGGCCGCCGCGGCGCUGCUGGGGCAGCUGCUGACGGCCGUCGCCCACCUGCACGGGCACGGCAUAAUCCACAAGGACUGGACCUGAAGCCGGACAACGUCCUGCUCGGCCUGCCCGUGCCCGCCGCGGACCCGCGCCUCGUGCGGCCGCUGCCCGCGCGAGGGGCCGCCGAAGGUGCCAAGGCCUGCCCCGAGGCCCCCACGGCCGACGGCGCUCUGCGGGAGCUCGUGCGCCAGUGCGGCUUCGUGGCGAAGGUCGCGGACUUCAACACGGCGGUCGUGUGCGCGCUGCCCGAUUGCCACAUCUGGGAUGCGGAGGGCACCCAGCAGUUCACGCCGCCGGAGUGCUUCGACCCCCAGCGCGACGGAGCCAUCCUGGGCCAGCCGCGGGACAUGUGGUCCGUCGGGUGCUUGCUGUUCGCGAUGCUGUUCGGGCGCUGCCCCUUCUGGGACGAGGAGAGCCGAUCCGGCUGCAGCUUGCGCUCCUCGCGUUCGCCAUGGACAAGGCGGCGGCGGUCGACGUCCCCGGCGGCGUGGUGUCACCGCAGGCCGAGGACCGACCUCAUCCGGCAGCUGCUCCGCAAGGACCCCGCGGGCCGGCCGCUGGCGGCGGCUGCGCUGCAGCACCCCUGGGUGCUGUGA